ACGAGGUCACAAGGAGGCCGCUCUCGUUGGCCUGACGAGGGUCUGCGCUCCAUGGAGCAACGAUUAGCGGCGUUCCGGGCAACCCGGAAGCGAGCCGAGCUAGAGGGAGGGCCCAGCACCUCGGGGAGGUGCGGAAAAGCACCGGGAGAGGACGUGGCAGCGCCCCCAACGCCGUCCCAGGCGCAGGAGGCCCCGGGCGGCAGAGCCAAGGAACCAUUUCAGACUCAAGGAAGUCCACUACAGAAUCCAGCAGCUACUUCUCCAUCACGAUGGGACCAGUCCUUCCUUACUAAUGUUACAUUCUUGAAAGUGGCUCUUUGGUUGGUCUUACUGGGACUGUUUGUAGAACUAGAAUUUGGCCUGGUUUAUUUUGUUCUGUCCUUGUUUUAUUGGAUGUAUGUCGGCACCCGUGGCCCUGGAGAAAAGAAGAAAGGAGAAAAGAGUGCUUACUCUGUUUUCAACCCCGGCUGCAAACCCAUCCAAGGAACCCUGACGGCAGAACAGUUUGAGCGAGAAUUACAGUUUCAUCCUCUGGCUGGGAGAUAGUCCUUGUUCUCCUCAGUUUUCUGCCACUUUGAUGUUUUUGGAUUACCUAGCCCCCCAAGCCUGGAUUGGAAUCGAUAUACAGAUACACUAGGGGGUGGUCCUUUGUCCAUGACUGUCAACUUUUUGUUCUCCGACCUCUGUUCUCUUGUCUUUCAGUCCAUCUCUCCUUUUCCGCUUCUGCUGCUGUAGCACCAACGUCUUUGUUCGCAUUUCCAUCUUUAAAUUUUCUUUUGGUUUUUUUUUCCAAGUCACUAAAAUCCAAUACUGCAGUUGAUCUGGUGCCAUUUCCAAAAAAUUAAAUCUUCAAUAAAGACUUAUUCCAGUAUUUACGCAGACCAAUUUUAGAGGGACAGGAUGGGAGUUGCAUUGUAGUGUAAAGUAUUUAACUAAAUUGAAGUAAUGAUUCACUCCUUCACAUGAAGUGCUUCACAUUAAAAAUCUUAUCAGUCUGACAGUAAAUUCACAUUUUCAGUGCUGUUAGACUCUUAGGCAUCUUUUAAAUAUUUCAUCCUCAAAGAGAAGGUGAAAAUUGUAUUUUGCUUUUCUAUUACUAAUGGUAUUGAAGAUCAUAGAAUGUUACAUAUGGAUGGGACCUAAGGAAUUGUCUGGAGACCAGUGGUUCUCAAACUUUUUGGCCUUCGGACCCCUUUUACUGUCCUAAAAAUGAUUGGGGGCCCUCCAAAGAACUUUCAUUUAUGUGGAUUAUAUCUAUCAGUAUUUACCAUGUUAGAAAUUAAAGUGUCUUAGUAUUAUUCUGAAAAUAGUUUUGAUCUUGUGGACCCCCUGAAAAAUUCUCAUGUCACACUUUGAGAACCUCAGAUCUAGUUAACCCAUUUAUUUUAUAAACAGGGAAACUGAGGCCCAAAGAGGGAACAUGAUUUCUUCUGGGUCAUAAAUAGAGGCAGAAACAAGAUCUUCUGAUUUUAAGACCAUUGUUUUUUCUGCUAUGGCACACUCUAUUAGAUCAUGGCCAAGUCACUUCCCCAUCUGUGCAUCAAUUUUCACACAUCGUAAAAAGAAGGGAAUAGAUGGUCUCUUUAGCAAUUACCCGCCAUGCCAGGCACAGCUACCCUUCACCUGUAACUAUCUUUCCUUCUAUUCUUCCUCUAUCACUUGGGAAAAGGAGGAAGAGAAGAGAGAAGAGUGCUGGUGGCAUGUGGUGGGGAGCAAUGGAGGCAUGUCAAUAUUGGUCAGUGUUAUAAAGGGUUAUUAAAUUGUAGCGUGUAUGCACAAGGUAGCCCUGGAAGCAGCAUUCCAGACUCACUGGACAUGUGGCCUCAGGGACUGUGAUACAGGCUUCCUGGGCUAGUCCUGGUUUGCUGUAGUCUUUGGAACAAAUGAUCACUUCAUCUCUUUGCCUUCGUUAAUACUGGUAAUAUUUUCUUUCAUGAUGGAAACAGCAAUAUCUUUUUUCAUGAUGCCUCCUUUUUUGCAAUAUUAGUUUAAAUACUGUGAUAUAUACCAGUCUUGGUUUAUGGGAUUCCUACUAAGUAAAAAAUUUUAAAUAAUU